UUCGAAUAUUGCUGGCCUGGAAUGGUCAAUACAUCUUUCAAUAUUCAAUAUGUAAAUAUAUACGACUUGACGCUGAAUAACCCCAUCACACAAACACACCGCAAGUAAGCUAGAGGGAGCUUCGUAUUAUUUGUUGUUUACAAGAAUUUCCCGAUAACAACAUGCCAGCUCCAGUUUUCUGCCGUGGACAAGACUGUCCUCUGUACAAGAGCAUUAAAGAAGUCUCCGACACCGUUGAGCUGAGAUACUACGAUGCUUCACAUUGGAUUUCAUUCACCGAAUGCGAUGAGCACGGCGGUGGCGGCGGUGAGUUUAUGAAGUUAUUCCACUACAUUGGUGGUGACAAUGAUAUGAAAAUGCGUAUCCCCAUGUCCACACCUAUCCUCAAACAGCAAAUUGACGAGAACUGUCACUCUAUGAGCUUUUUUAAGCCCUUUUCUAUCGCUGCCAAAGAUCUACCUCAACCCCUUGAUGCGGGUGUUCAAAUCAUCUCUCAGCCAGCUCAAGCAUACUAUGUACACGCAUUUGGAGGGUACAUGGAUGACGCUAAAUUCGAUCAGAGUAUGCAAGCAUUUGAUGCGGCUGGCAUGGAGAUCACAGACGAUUCCGUAUACAGCGCAAUGGUGGCCCAGUACGAUGCACGCUUUCAGCUAUUCAACCGACACAAUGAAGUGUGGAUGCCAGCUUCUAACGUCUCCAUUGAUGAGAAGGCUAUGCAGACCUUCUUCUCGUCUGCACAGGCCGCGUCCCACAGGCACCAUACACACCACGCACACUCAGGUCCCCACCCCCCACUAUGGGUGCAUCUGCUUCAUGUAGCGUUCACCGGUCUAGUCUUGAUUGCUGUGUUCAGCGGACUUGUGUACUUAGUUGUUAGGGGAGUACGUUACUUGCAGAGAAGGUAUAGCAAGAAGGACCCCACACAGCUUGACUACUUGCCCGUCUCGCAGAGUGAUAUUGACCUGGUGAACGCGGCUUUCUCUCUCGGGAACGAGAAACCAGAGGCAGAGAAAGCAGAUAGGAUCAAUGCUUCUGGAUACACAGCUUUAGAGUAGAUCUCAUGUAAUGUUGUUGUCGCUUGCUCAGUAAUAUGUUGAAGCAUGGAGCAAGUGACUUAAAUAUUUCUGCACAGAAAUAGUAUGUGCAGCGGAGCAAUCGUCCUUAGUCGAUGCUUUCACGUCUGGCUACAUCGCGUGCGUCGGUGUAGAUGCAGUAGAUCGUUCUUCCGAGAAAUUGGUUGUAAUGAAUCUAGCUGAAUAUAAAAUAGGGGAACUGUAAAGGAUCUGAUUCCAUAUACACUAUGUGGAACUCGGACGUACAAGUGUAUGUGGCGGCAACCUUCUCUGGAGAUGGUCGAGCAGCGGUACUGACUCGGUAGUAUUCAAAAACAUUAUUUCUGCGUAUACUGAUAUAUUUCUCAUUAAAUUGAGACGAAAACGGUAACGCAUGGAGUUCGGCCUCUUACAAGUUGCAUAGUGCGGCACUGUAAGAGCUCUUGCAGAACUGAGUAUAUUAAAAUAUAAACUUUGAGAAUAGCAUAGUUACUGUGUAGUUGACGGUGAUUUAUUGAUUGUAUGUGCUGCUUUGUUCCUGAAAAUUGUAUGCGAAGGGACUGCCUGUCACGUGAUAGCACUGUCCAUGUUCAUACAUAAUUUUUUCCUAAGAGAUAUAUUGUACAUGAUCUGGAAUCGGGUUCAGCGUAUAUAUCGUACUGUUUUUCAAAUAUACGAUUAUCCAUGAACGAACUUUUUUUUUUAAC